UAAUCGUUCUUUUUUUCUCUAUCUCUCUCAACGGUUAGUGCAGUGUGUCGUCCACGUGCUUAGUGUUGGAUUCAAAAAAUUAAUUCACCAAGUGUUUUUUUCCAUUAUGGCAUUAGAAGACAAUCACUAUAAUUAUACACAAUAUUAUUCACAACUGUGUGAUCUAAAACGUGAACUUCGAAGGAUUAAAAAUGUUGACGCCAGGCGCCAACAAUUUUGCUACUUUAUGGAGUCAUAUGAAGAAAACAAUUUCAUGCGUGAGGUUGUAUUAGAGGUAUUGAAUUGUAAAAGCUUAUUUCCCUGUUCCAAAGAUACGUUUUACUUCUUAAAAUACGCAUUAAAAUAUCGCUCCUUAAGAAUCAUACAACUGCUUCAAGAAAACAAUGUAAAUAUUCUCGAGCUUCUUUUCGAAGACGGAUAUUCUGUGUUUCAUUACUUAGCCGAAUUAAACGAAUCCAGUCAUAGAAAUUAUAUGACCCGUGCAGGGACCAUAAAAAUUGUUCGAUUUUUUGUAAAGGAUUUACAGAAAAACCACAUCGACGAGCAUGGCUACUCGGGCUUUCACGCAGCUUGCAUGGCUGGCGACCUAGUAACAGUACGCCGAUUCAUAAAUGAAGGUAUCGACGUUAAUUUCGACUCGUGGAAAUGUUCACCCUUGCACAUCGCCGCCCAAUAUCGACAAGAAUGCAUCGUACAACUUUUAUUGGAGAAUGGAGCCAACCCAAAUCAGGAGGACCACCUAAAGUCGACCCCUCUGCACGCCCUCGCGUGGAUGUGUCUGUGCGAUUGCGGCUCUUAUGAAUCUUUUUGUGAUUAUAGAAAACCAGUAGAGAAGAUCGUUGAAAUGCUCGUUAAGAAAAAAGCGAACAUCGAAGCACGAAAUGAGUACGGAGAUUCCCCGCUGCAGUUGGCGGUUUGCCGUUAUGAUAAGCAGCUCGUUAAGUCACUCUUGAAACACGGGGCGAGUCUGGACAGUUUGAAUGAAGAAAAAAUAUUUAGUCAGAAUUUUGAAUCAAUUGAGUUGAAGAACUACCCUUUGACUUUUAACAUUAUCGAGGUGAUACAAUUAUUGCAGUCAGCUGGCUAUAUACUGGACUUCAAAACUAGAUUUUUGAUGCUCAAAUGUUGGAUGAGAGUAAGAGGGAACGGUACUGAACAUAUAAUUCCUUUUUACGAAAUAGAAGAUCCUAAAGAAUAUGCGACAUAUUACGCAUUUAUUUAUCAUAUUUAUAUGCACGAAAAAUAUGGUUUUUUUUUUAAACAAGAAUUCAUAGAUUAUUUGCGCCAACAAAAGGAUGAUUUACAAUGGAGAACGCUUCAAGCGAUAGACUGCAUUUUCAUUCAUAGGCAUAGGAACGAUUGGGAGAAAGAUAUUACAGAGCUAAAGGCCGUUAAGCUAAACAACGAUAUAUCGCUUUACCAAUUAUGCCAAAUGAACUACAGUAAAGGUUACUCAAUUUUGAAAAAAAUAAAGAAUUUGAAUUUAUCGUCAUUGAAUAGCUUGGAGCAUAAUCCAAUAAAUCUCAUGGUAAAAAGACACAUUGCAAACAUUUUGAUAAGACCACAUUUGGAAUUAUUCGCAGCUGAUCUUUUUAUGACUGAUUAUUACACAUUGAAUCUUCCGUACCUUGCCUGCCGGACAAUUGCCGAAAACAUGAGUGACGAAGAUAUCCUUCAUCUAUGUGAGCAUACAAACGAAGAAAAUUUAGAAUAGUUUCUAUAAAAAAUGUAAAUAUUUUGGCAGUUAUAUGCUUUAGGAAAUUGUACGGUACGAAAAGAGUUGUGUAAUAUGUAGU